CAGCGCCGUAAACGACACGCCCAGUCGCAAAGCUGAACGGUGACGUUUGCAAAUCUGAUGUUUGUGCUUUGUGGCUGUUUGCUGGAAACGCCACAUACUCAAACAGCAAAACACAAGCUUAAUUCAGAAGAAAUGUCGACGUUAGGAUACUAAAAAGAAAAUCCGGGACGCUUGUUUCGGAAUCACGCUUACUGGCUUCAAACCUGCUACCUGGCGGCCUGUUUUGAGAGGAAAUCCCCGGACUGAACUGCGACUCCAGGCCGGUCUGAGAGGACAUGCCACCGGAGAGAAAGCUGUUUGUAGCUCGCCUUUCUUCGCGUGUUUUACCGCUAAAACAAACGGCAAGUGCCUGAACUAAGACCAAAAGACUUAUAUAAGACAUGAGACUGUCAAACUGACAUGAAAAUGUGUUAAUUUAAAUCGAGGAGGUGAAGGUUUUUGGAGUGUUAGCAGACGGUGCUGAUAAACAGGUAGAAUAGCUCAGGUGACACUGAUAGAAACGCAUAAGUGAUUAAUUAUAUAUGAACAACUAAGAAACAAGAAGACCUGAGUAGGUAGAUAGUAAAAAACAAUGUUUUGUCAGUAAGGUCAACUACUUACCUUUCAGAAAAGUUACCUUUCACUAAAGCUUUAGUAUUUAAAAGUGUUUUGUAUACAUACUGGAAUAUAAAAUUAUUUGUGUUAUUUUCUAGGUAACACUAUUAUUUAAAGAAACAGUUUUUUUUGUCUUUUAAAGGAGGUUAAGAUCUACUUAUCUCACCACAAGUGUUGCAAUCACCUGUAAUACCAGUGUGUGGUAGCACUGUCAUUUUCCACAAUUUUCAUCCUUGCAAAACCUCUGUUGAUGAGGUAACACUGCUUGCAUGUUGAUGUCAGGGUUUCAUCUCCUGGUUGUGUCCCUCAAAUUUGACGUAAGCUGCUGAUUUCUUAGGCUUGCCAUUUCCGGAGCGCUUACAACUGAGGACUCAAAUCGGUCAGGAUGAACCGUUACCUGCCAGUGGCACGGCAGCACUUUUUGAGUGCACUUGCGAGCACGAGCGUGGUGGUCAAGUCCAUAUGUGCCACAGUGAUCCUGCUGUACCUGCUCUCAUGGGCUGCUAACACCCCUUACCUGCUCGGCAUCACACCUGGCUUUCUUUUCCCACCAAACUUCUGGGUUUGGACGCUUCUGACCCAUGCAGUGGUGGAGCAGCACAUUGUGGGUGUGGCAGUGAACAUUGCUACUGUAAUGGUUGCCGGACGGCUUUUGGAGCCAUUAUGGGGAGCCCUGGAGCUGCUGAUCUUCUUCGCCGUGGUAAACGUAGCGGCCGGUCUCCUAUCUGGACUCUCUUAUCUUCUCACCUACGCUGCGACCUUUGACCUGGACUACCUGUUUGCCGUGCGGGUGUAUGGCGCACCCGCUUUUCUGGGGGGCGUGCUUGUAGCACUGAAGCAGACUGCGGGAGACACCACAGUGCUUCGAGUUCCUCAAGUACGCUUGAAAGCUGCUCCGGCGCUGGCUUUGCUAGCUAUAGCCAUCCUGCGGCUAGCGGGACUGCUGGACACUUUAGCUCCACUAGCAGCAUGCGGGUACGGCGCUCUGUCCGGGUGGGUUUACCUGCGCUUCUACCAGAGGCACCCUAGGGGGCGUGGAGACAUGUCGGACCACUUUGCCUUCGCCUCGUUCUUCCCAGAGGCGCUCCAGCCGGCCGUCGGCUUUGCAGCUGGGCUUGUGCAUGCUGCCCUUGUGAAGAUAAAAGUUUGUCGAAAGAUGGUGAAGCGCUAUGAUGUCGGGGCUCCAUCCUCCAUCACCAUCAGCCUGCCAGGCACAGACCCACAAGAUGCAGAAAGGAGGAGGCAACUGGCAUUGAAAGCUCUGAAUGAGCGUCUGAAGCGUGUGGAAGACCAGUCGGCUUGGCCCAGCAUGGAAGAUGAGGAGGACGAUGAAGAUGAGGAGGUGCGAACAGACACUCCUCUCCUUUCGAGCCGAGAGACUUUGCCACCAGCACCCAGCUCCAUACAAAAUCCUACGGGACAACAGGAAUCCAGCAUCAUAAGUUUUGAAGAUGCUCCAACCCAUUCCUAACACAAAAAAGACACAUACCUUCUUUUUGUCCCGCAGAGUUCAGUUGACCCUUACAAUCACAAACGCUACUGGAGACAUCACAUACACAUUAUCUUGGUAAUGUUUUACAUACACAAACAAGGAGUUGCCACUAAAAGAACACAUUACCCAAACUAAAUGACAUCCGUACUCAGUUUUUCAGCUGUACAAAAACUCCUGGACUAGCCUGACACAUAGCAUCUGCAGUGCUCCAGUACUUCUGCUUUGUAAAAACAAGAAUAUCUUCUCUCCCUCUGGCCUCUUGUGUAAGGUUUUUGGGAUGUAUCCUUUCUGAAUAAAUGCUCUAAUGGUUGAUGGGAUUCAGUUUUUAAAUGUAUGGCAGACUACAGAUGUUUAUGGGUUGCCUCUUUUUGUUUGGGGCUUUUUCUUUUCUUUUCUUUUUUUUCUUUUUUGGCCUUGUAUCAGGAAGCAAGGCAAGAUUCCUGAUAUUUAUUGAGCAGAAGAUGGGACUUUUUGCUGUUUUCUGAUGUAACAGCAUCAAAAGAAUGUCUGGAACGUGAAGGACAGGAUUGCUAAAGAUGAAGAAGGUUUAUGCAAAAUGUGGGACUUUUCAAAGAAUGCGUGAUCUCUAAUUUAAGGUUGUGUUGUCAUUGAUAAGGAUGUGGCCCUUUGAUUUUCUGUUUUCAGUCAUGAUGAUUUCAUAGGUGGAGGCAUAGUGAGGAGAGAAUCGGAUACAGUCAUUUCAAAGAUAUUUUUGUUCAGAAUAGUUUGAAAUGAUAAUAGCAAUACAGAAUCUGAUUCUGUCCCCUGUUGUACCCUUUUCCUCAUCUGUACUUUAAUGAUCUGUCUGUAUGUGUUGGCUUUGAUAAGAGUGUUGCACUCUAAAUUGAGCUUGCAUAAUGGACCUGUUUUUAUAAAACACAGAUUGUCUACACAA